AUGAUGAAUAUUACUAUGUAUUAUUUGUUUCUUGUUUUGUACCUCGUCUUUAUCCUCUGCAAAUUCAUCCAACGAUGGAGAAACCAUGGCUGCUACAUACUCCACUAUGAAUGCUUCAAGCCCUCCGACGACCGGAAGAUUGACAGCCACAUCUCCGGCAACAUCGCCCAGCGGAACAAGAACCUCGGACCCGAAGAGUACAGGUUCCUGUUGCGCGCCGUGGUAAACUCCGGCAUUGGGGAAGAAACCUACGCCCCUCGGAACGUUCUAGAAGGCCGGGAGGAUAGUGGGACCCUCGCCGACGGGAUCGAGGAGAUGGAGGAGUGUUUCUUCGACACAUUGGAGAAGCUGUUCGUAAAGUCCGGGGUGUCGCCGGCGGAGAUUGACGUCCUCGUCGUGAACGUUUCAAUGCUGUCGCCGGCGCCGUCUUUGUGCUCGAGAAUCGUGCGACGUUUCGCGAUGAGGGAGGAUGUCAGGGCGUUUAACUUGUCCGGAAUGGGGUGUAGCGCCAGCCUGAUUUCCGUCAACCUAGUGGAGAACAUGUUCAGGUGUCGCCGGAACAUGUUCGCCAUUGUUGUCACCUCGGAAUCCAUCGCGCCGUUCUGGUAUUCCGGGAACGACAAGUCGAUGAUGCUCGCGAAUUGUCUGUUCCGCAGUGGAGGUUGUUCGAUUCUAUUAACGAACCGCGACAAUCUGAGCUCUAAAUCGAUCAUGAAACUCAAAUGUUCAGAGAGAACACACCUGGGAGCAAACGACGAAGCGUUCACCUGUUGCAUGCAGAAGGAAGACGACAAUGGCCGCCUAGGGUUCUAUCUAAGCAAGACCCUCCCCAGGGCCGCCUCGCGAGCAUUCGCAGAGAAUUUAAAAAACCUAGCUCCGAGAAUAUUGCCAUUCAGGCAAAUUGUCGAACACCUUGCGCGCACUUGUUUCCACACGCUCUUAACAAAAACCAGCAUAUUCAAGAAAGCUAUGGAAGGAAGGGUGAUCAACUUCAAGAGUGGGGUUGACCAUUUCUGCCUGCACCCUGGUGGGUCAGCUCUGAUUGAAGGGAUAAAGAAGAAUCUUGGGUUGAAUGAGUAUGAUGUUGAGCCAUCAAAGAUGACACUUUCAAGAUUUGGCAACACUUCCGCCAGCAGCAUUUGGUAUGUUCUAGGGUACAUGGAGGCCAAGAAGAGGCUCAAGAAAGGUGAUAGGGUUUUGAUGGUUAGCCUUGGAGCUGGUUUCAAAUGCAAUAGUUGCCUUUGGGAAGUGAUGAGGGAUUUGGGGAUUGAUAAUAAUGACACCAUUUGGAAAGGCUUCAUUGAUGAUUACCCUCCAAGGGGCAACACUAUCAACCCUUACUUGAAGAACCUUGGUUGGCUUUGCCAAGAGAAUCCACCACAAUUCAAAUCAAUCAAGUAGAUUUUUGAAAAAAGUUUAAGUUCGGAUUUGUAUCGAGUACAAUCGAAAAAGUCGUGGGUAAUACUCGAUGC